GCCCAUCUUUCCUAGUUUGCAUCCAUCGGCCUGUUGUAUUUCCCUAGGCACAGUCAUGUUCAAGUACGACAUCCCCACUCUUCUGGCCCUCAGCCAAAACGCACGAAUCGACCUCAGCAAAUUCAGUGACCAGGCCCUCGGAAACAAUCUGCUUCGACAGCGCAAAGCCAGUACAAGUGUUUUGUCCGAGCAGCCGGUCAACCGAUCAAGGAACGCAUCAAAUCUCUCACGCCAGAGCGAACGGACACUUUCUAUCCUCGAGCCUUCUUUGCUCCAUCCCUGUCGACAGCCAAGUGAUCCACCGCAAGGGAUUCGAGCACAUGCUGAUGCUGGCUUUGCUCGGUUCCUGAAGGAGCAUACAUCCCCGAAGCACCAGCGCGUCACGGCAGGCGGUCGAAUUGUCCCAAUGGAGCCGCCUCAAUCCCCCACUCCCAAGAUGAAGCAGCCUAUACACAGCUCGAAUGCAAAGACCGGUGAUGAGAAAUUAGCCAAAACUUCAUCGAGAAAUGAUAAUAGAAGCAAGCUUGAGAAUAGGCAGCUGCUGCCAACUGAUACCAACGCAAGUGUUAAUGAUUCCACCGCGGCAUCGCAGCCAGUUCGAAGCCCUGCUAACAUACUUACCAUGACACCUCAGGCUGCGGGGACAAUUGACCAGCAAUUCCCAGGCUGUGGACAAACACCAAACCUCUUGUCUGCGGCAGCCACCGCGGGUCUGUUUGCUCCACCUAGUUUCCCUUGGUCGCUGGAUAACCAGCAAAUGCCUCAGGUCGGCCUACAAGCUCCUGAUAUCAAUCUAUCAGCGGCCUCGGAUUAUGCUAUGUAUGGCUUGGGGGCAGAUCCACUUGCAUGGCUUCCAAAUAUGUACCAAGCUUUGAGUACUCAAGGUCCCAUGACUUCUUCCAUGCCAGCAAUCCACCCAUAUCCAACUGUCACGUCAUCCUCUGACUUCUCUGCUGGGAGUAACACCAGUAGCGGAGGGACGACCUCGGUCUUUAGUCAACUUCCACCUGGAUACGACUCAUUGUACCCCUCUCUUGGACUUCAGUGGCAUCAAUAUGCGUGUGGACAAGUCCCAGUUCUUAGUCAACCAAUGGUUCCCAGCACUCUUCAGACACCACCGUACCAAAAGUCUCUGGAAGAUGCUGCUAAAGAGCAUCAGUCUCUCACCAGUCAGCUUUCACGUCUUGACAGGUAUAUGGCCAUGCACAGUUGGGAUCUAGAUCCAGAUUCCAAGAAGCUUUUGGUUGAGCAGCGGAUGAGUUUGGUGAGAGAGUUAGACGCAGUCAGAAUAUACAGGGAACAUCUAGAAUGGGCCUCUGGAAGGUUGAGUACAGGCAUUUCAGUGAAGCAGAAUGCGACAAACGCCCCUCCGGUGUAUGUCACCAGCAGCCUUGCGGGCAGUCAGACUCUGCUGGGCCCCGGUAUAUGUGCACCUGCCUCGAGUUGUGCAGUUCCAGCGUUUCCCAUGCUGCCAAUAGCAAACGCGCUUCCGCAACCGCUCUCCCUCAAUGAGCCAGUUAACUCGGUCUUUCCGUUCCACCUCGCGCCGGACAAUCAUCCAUACAGUAACGAUACUUGCCCAACAGACGUGCGUACGAGCCGUAACUCAUUCAGGGAGGUCGACUUCUCGCACGCCACACACGUUGAACCUAUGAGAUCAGACAAGCAGGUCCAGACAUAUGGCGAGGCUAAAUCAAGAGCCACCGGCGAGACUGGAUGGAAAACACCUACUAAGAUAGCACCUUCGGAUGUUCGGAAGGUGUAUCAUCAUAUUGAGGAAGCCACUCGUCGAGGCGAAUCCCUGGACGGACUGCUCAAGGAGCUCUCUGCUGCUACCUCCAAGCUAGUCAGGCAAAGAAUAGAUGAGCUUCAGGAGUCGCGCGGGUCACUGUCAACUAUGCCCGACAAACAGAGCCACAAGGUUGCAGGUAAUGAGACCUAUCCAGUGAGGGGAUUAUCGGAUGGAUAUGAGGCGUAUGCACCACUAGGGCGGCACUCAAAAAAGGGCUGGAAGUCUGGGAACGAGUCACGAAUGCCUGGAGCACACGGCAAAAUGGGCCCGUUCGUGAGCGAGGAGGGUGAAGAAGAUGACGACGGUGUAUCCACUUCGUCUUGCUUGUCAACGACGGACUCAUGGGCCACUAUCCAUGAGGGAGAUCGCCGUCUAGACAGAAAGAUACUGGAGGGCAAGGGGAAGAGGGUGUAUCGAGAUAUACUGACCGAAAGCAGGCCCCGCGGCCCAUUCGAACAUUCUGUCGUAUCUGCUGAAGCCCUUCGAUCGACAGCCCAACGUACUGGAGGCCAAAGCUACAGCAUCAUAGGCGAACAAACGACAUACAAGCCACGCAGCCCUGCAACAUUGGCUAAUCCGACUGAGUCGGCGAGCCAGACGAGCAUGGAGGACAUGAGACAGCCCUACCCCCAGCUUCUCACGCAGUACUUUAACAAGGAUCGGGGUCUAGCCUUCCAGAAAACGGCAGCCCUGGCUGUCUCGCAGAAUGUUAAUGCACAUGGGUUCCUGCCCCCUUUCGAAGGCGUGGGAAAUGCACCUAAUAAGAACAGAACCACGCCUAUGGAUAUCUCUCAAGGUGGAAGAUGCCUGCCGAGUGGAAAGCUUCCAAGUUCGAAGCAGCAUAAUGGAUUACGGCCAAAAGAGAAGAAAGCCCUGUUCUUCGCAAAGCCAGUUUAA